CCACCACCAGCCUGCUGAGUUCUCGGUGGAUCUUCCCAGCGCUAGCAUGUCGAGAGUAGCGGCGGUGGUGGUGAUGGUGGUGGUGGUGGCGCAGUCUUCAUUAGCCACCAAUGACAACAGUUUGAUUAUGAUUCUUGUUGAUGGGUUUCGGUGGGAUUACACUUCGGUGCACGGCGCGGGGACACAACUUCUGGGGUUUCAUCAUUUUCACACGGAUGGCACCAGAGCUGAAUACGUGCGCCCGGCCUAUCCCUCCAAUUCCUUUCCAAACUGGCACACUAUUUCUACCGGCUUGUAUCCAGAGUGGCAUGGAAUCAUCGGGAACUUAUUUUACGAUCUCGAGAAAGACAAGACGUUUUAUCUUAUGGACUACAACGCCACGAGAGACCCGCGGUGGUGGGGGGACGCGGAGCCCAUCUGGACUACUGCUAUCGACAACGGCCUGCCAACUGCCUUCUUCCAGUGGUACAGGUGUGACGUGCAGCGAGGGACAGGAAGCGAUCUACCAUGGUACUGUGAGUGGUACGAGUAUGACGCAACGGGAAGCGUUCAUAAGCUGCCCAAGAGACUGUCCCGGGCCGUGGAGAUGAUUGAUAAGGAGGGCUACAGGCUGGUCAUGGUGUACGAGGGCGGCGUGGACACAAUGGGACACUACAAAGGCCCGCUGUCCCCCGAGGUGGCUGCCGCGGUGAGGGACGUGGACCAGGCGCUGCAGGGACUGUGGCGCCGCCUGGAGGAGAGAGGGAUAAUGAACUCGACAAACGUAGUGGUAGUGAGUGACCACGGUAUGACGCAAGUGAAGGACGGCAGCCUGCAGGAGGUGGAGGUGGGCCAGUGUCUGCAGGAGGACGAGGUGCAGGUGGUGGUGAAUGACAGCAGCUACCUUAUCCUUGAACCCGCACCUGGUAGGAGCGAACAGGUGGUUGAGAGACUGAAUUCCUGCCCAGAGGUAAAGCACAAAAUCAAGGCGUUCCUGAAGGAGAGCGUCCCGACUCGUUACCACUACAAGGCCCACAGAUUCAUAAUGAAGGUGGUGGUGAUCGCUGAGAAAGGAUAUACAAUGAUUGUUAAUAAAGCGGCGCCAAGUAUUAAGGUUCUAUCGCAUGACUUAUCAUCGUACUUUGGCAACCAUGGUUUUGACGACACUCAGGGACACCAUCCAGAUAUGAGGGGGGUGUUGUACGCAGCGGGGCCAGCCUUCGCCAGGGGCCGGACAGCAGGGCCAGUGGAACAAGUAGACGUGUAUGGGUUACUCUGCCAUGCGCUCCAGCUAACCUGCCACGCUAACAACGGCACGCCAGCACACAUCGCGCCCUUCCUCGCCACGCCCUCAUCACCCAACACCCCCGACACCUGGAGUACUGGGAGUGUUUCUCCCUACAUCUUCACCACCGCUGCAGCCAUUCUCCUCCUUUUCUUCUACUAUGGCAGCGCAUUUCACUAAUUUGUGCUUUACUUAUCGAAACAGUAGUAGUAGUAGUAGUAGUAGUAGUAGUAGUAGUAGUAGUAGUAGAAAGGGGCAAAUGAGUAUGGACACCUUCUUUGUAUGUAUUUCCGUAUUUUGAAACAGUUGUCUCACCAUGACUUAUUUUCCAGGUCCACAAAGAUGAUUAACCGGGUUCUCAAGAAUAUUUCCCUUGUAAGUAGUGUAGAAACCUUGUUAACCGUAAAAACAUCCUUAGAAAGCAGCAUCACUUCAACUAGAGACCAUUGUAAGUUGUGAAGGUGCAGCGCUGAACUGUUUUGUAGUAAUUCAAGUCUUGUAGUAAUGUGUGGUUUGUCUUCUGUUGUCUUAGUGGCAAAUAUCAGCAUGAUGGAUAGACUAACUGAUAGACAAACAAACAGACAGAUAAAUGAAUACAAAGUUACAUAAAAAAAAAAAAAAUGUAAAGAAAGAAACGUUUAUAUAUGAUACAGAUAGAAAUGUUUGAGUUAUAUCGUGUGUGUGUGUGUGUGUGUGUGUGUGUGUGUGUGUGUGUGUGUGUGUGUGUGUGUGUGUGUGUGUGUGUGUGUGU